AUGGUUGCCACUAAAGCUGUUCCAGAAACUUUAUUAAAGAAGGCUAAGGCUCAAGAAAAGAUUGCUGCUGCUAAGGCUGCUGCUAAGGCUGAAUCUAAGGUUGCCAACCGUAACGCCCGUAAGGUUGCUUACCAACGUGCCCAACAAUACGCCAAGGAAUACAAGGCCGCUGAACGUAAUGAAAUUCGUCUCCAAAGACAAGCUAAGGCUCAAGGUUCCUUCUACGUUCCAGCUGAACCAAAGUUAGCUUUCGUUGUUAGAAUUAAGGGUAUCUCUAACGUUCCACCAAAGGCUCGUAAGAUUCUUCAACUUCUCCGUAUCAUCCAAAUUAACAAUGGUACUUUCGUUAAGCUUAACAAGGCUACUACUACUAUGUUAAAGUUAGUUGAGCCAUACGUUACUUACGGUACUCCAAACCUUAAGACUGUUCGUGAACUUAUCUACAAGCGUGGUUUCGCCAAGAUUAACAAGCAAAGAAUUCCAAUUACCGAUAAUGCUAUCAUUGCCCAAGAACUCGGUAAAUACGGUAUUGUCUGUAUUGAAGAUCUCGUCCACGAAAUCUACACUGUUGGUCCAAACUUCAAGCAAGCCAACAACUUCCUCUGGACCUUCAAGCUCUCCAACCCAACUGGUGGUUUCAAGGGUAAGAAGACUAACCACUUCAUUCAAAAUGGUGAAGCCGGUAACCGUGAA